GGGGCAGUGAUGCGCUAAACGUGCCGCAAAUCAAAACGAAGAAGAAGAAGUUGAGCAACGGCAGCGUCGGCCUAUUUCACUUUAGCUAAGGCCGGUUUAAAAUGUGGUAACCUUUGUAUUGUUACAUCAGUAUAGAGGCUCUAGCCAUGGAGGAAGACAAUUCAUCUGUGACAGAUCACUCCUCGGACGAAAGUGCAAAACCCUUCGACAUUGAGUACAUCGUCGAAUCUGAUCCCGACGAUGACUCUGAGCCAGAGGAUGACAAAAAUCCCAAGAAAAAGUCACGCACUGGCCACCCUUGCACCGUUUGCAACAAAAUAUUUGACAGGCUUUCCAAGCUAACCAGGCACGCGACUGUACACACAAGGCCAAGGACCUUAAAGACUCGCUAUCAGUGCAUGCAUUGCGAGAAGACUUUCACAGAAGAGGAGAAGAUGUUACGACACCAAGAUAAUCACAACCGGACAAAGGAGCACCCGUGCCCCGACUGCGGGAAAGUGUUCGGUAAACCUUCCAGGUUAGAGCGGCAUCGACGCAUCCACGCCAGGAAACCGAAGGUUCCCCACCAGUGCUCCUUCUGCGCCAAGACGUUCGAUAAACUUUACAGGCUCAUUCGCCAUGAGCGAAUGCACACCGGCGAGAGACCUUUCACCUGCUCCUUCUGCGGCAAGGGAUUUGCCGAGAUGGGUCACUGCAAAGCUCACGAGAAGAUCCACCAGGAGAAUCCGGAGAAGCCUCACCGCUGCCCCGACUGCGACAUGUCCUUCUUCAAGGCCUCGGAACUCGGUCGGCACCAGCGCUCGCAUACCGGGGAGAAACCGUUUCAGUGCAGCGAAUGCGACAGCACCUUUGCCCGAUCCGAGAGUCUGAAGAGACACAUGAGGAGCCACACGGGGGAGCGGCCGUACGUCUGCUUGACUUGCGGCAAGGGAUUUUACUCCCGUCAGGAUUUAAACAUUCACUUACUGAUUCACUCGGGGGAGAAGCCCCACGUUUGUCCCAUUUGUGGCAAAGGCUUUUCGCAGCUGGGCAACAUGAAAGAGCACGAGAAGAACGUCCACGUCAGGUCGGAGAAGUAUGACUGCAACGAAUGUGGGGCCACUUUCACUCGCUACAAGUCGCUGAACCUGCACCAGCGGGUGCACACUGGAGAGAGGCCGUACCUGUGCCUGCCGUGUGGGCGUACCUUUUCCUGGAGCCACUGCCUGAGCAGACACCGCAGGACUCACGCUCACAAGCAGAUGUUGAGAGAUGCGGCUAAAGGCCUCCAAGAUUUUCCAAACCUUGCUCAGGAUCAGUGCAGUUGAACACUUGGCAGCUACUAGCCUUGCUAUACUGCUGCCAUACACGCAUUAAUUUUUUUGCUGGCUUCACUCACGAUACGAGGUUCAGGGGCGGUGACUGUUCAACUGCCAUAUUAUGUCAAGAUGUCAGGGCAAUUUAGUCGCAUCUUUUUUUGCAAACACACACACGGAAACUUCGGGACCUUCUUUCGGUGAUGUCCGAACUUGUGUUCGGAACUGAGCGCCGAGUUCCUUUGUGAAAUCACACAGUAAAAACAAUCAGCAGUUGGAUGGAGACCCCUGUGAUUCCCUCCAAUCAUACCAAUCAAGGCCAUUCGGGAAGCUUUAUGUGGGACGGGUUCCAGCAUUACAGCGCCACUGUGCACAGUGCAAGUCGGGAUUGAAAUUUGACUGUUGUACGCGUUACCUGAGACACGUUGCCUAAUGUGAGCAUGACCCUACAUAUACUUUUGAAAUUCAUUUUGAUUGCAUAAAACGAUUCAGGAAGUGUUUUCUCCACAUUACAGUAGAUCUGAGCGGCACCGCAUGAUCGCCUUUAGUUGAAACACACAGCCUAGCAAAUCGGGAUAUCGCUGCAACUGUGUCGCUUUUACACAACAAGUCAGGCAUUGCGAUGUGGCACAUCAGAGUCCGGCCUGACGUAUGAAAUACUUUUAGAACUUCGACAGUUGUUUUCAACACAGAGGGGCGGGAGAAGUUAGUCAAGUGUUUCUGCAAAGAAAUGUCGUUCUUAAUGGGUCGUUAAAAGAUCCUGUAGAGUGAAAUCAGAUUUGUUUUCUCAAUACAUUAUACACAUUUAAAGAUAAUUGCCGGAAACAUGCAAAGACGACAAACUGUCCAUCUGUCCAUUGAUUCUCUCGACCACUUAUCACUACGCUAUUCAGCCCUGAAUUGUGGAGAUAGUGUGAAACUGUUCGACACUCAUUCAGCUUUUUGGAUUUUGGGCUUGGUUAUCCGUCUAGAGCCCCCUCCCUCACCUCCACUGGACAAGAACUUGGUGCCCUGGUUAGCACCAGUGGUUAUCCAGCAUCAUUACAAGUUUUUACCAAGCCAAUUUCUACCCCUCCAGCAUUCAGUCAUAAGAUAAGAUAACCUUUAUUUGUCCCACACUGUGGAAAUUUGCAGUCGACAGCAGCAAAAUCGGAGGGAAGAAAAAAGUUAGCUAGCUAACCAACCCCCCCCCCCCCCCGAAAAAAAAUCUUAAUGGACACCGCUGUUUACAGAACAGCUCAAUAUUGUAAGUGAAAUGCUCAAGUGAGGUGGAGGAGAUGUGGAGGCCCGUUAGCUUGUUAGCUUGCUAAUAAGCUGGUGGGUAGCACCUGUCUGAACCAACCACCAGUGGAUUUAUGAGGUUAUAUUUUAACCUGGCGGGAUGUGAGGCAUUAGAAAGAUGCCAAGGGGGAUAGGAUCCAUUUCCCAAUGGUGCAUUUAUAUUAUUUUUUCCCCCCUUUGAAUUUGGCAAGGUUCCUCUCUCCGGUGUGUCAAUUUUAGAACAGAACUUUUUUUUUCACUUUACAAGGACUUCUAAGUCGGAACCUGAGACUCGAAGACUGAGAAGCAAUGAUGAACCACUAAGCUGUCGUUAAAUGUCGUCCCAGAACACCGUGUGCUUGGGUGCUACAGUUCACUUUUCCCUGAAGUCUGGAUGACGUUAGAGCGGCGAAUAACCAACAAUGAACAGCAAAUUGUGUCUAGACAAGAGAGAGAUGAUAACAGACACACAGCACAGUCUGAAAAUUGGAAUUGAAUCAAUAAUUUGUUGCAUAUGUCAAGACAACUGGACUGGCCUCUAAGGAUAAAAGUAUAUGAAUAUGUAGUAUGUUAAAUAUUUUAGAUAUUAGCAAUGUUAUUUCUUUGUUUGAACAGUAGAGGGCAGAGUUUAGCUAUUGACUUUUGAAAGCAACACAACGUUCUCAAAAUAUUUUACUUUUUAUCAAUUUAGCUUUGCUUGAAAGACCAGAAGUACGGGAUUCCAAUUAUAACAUUUUAACACUGCCAUUGCUGUGAAGGUAAUCAAUUUAAAUUGGGACGAGUUUUAUGCUACAUUGCCUCAGCUUACAUUCCUUGCUCUAAAUAUAUUGUUUAACCACUUGUACAGCACUUUGUAUGCAGCGAUGGCUGUUUGAAAGUGCUCUAUAAAUACUGUUGACUUGACUUGACUUGACUUCAAUCUAUCAAGACAUCAAGAUACUUGAGUAACUCGUCUAAAAUAUCAAUAAAUCUGGUAUUUCUGGUCAUGUCAUUUUCAAAAAAUAAAACGGUCACGACAUCAUUGGAUAUUAGAAUAGCAUCAUGCAGAUACAUUGUAUUGAAUAAAUCAAAUGGGGGGG